CCUUGAUCGUGGCUUAGAAGUCAGUCUGGAUAUGACUUUGCUCCCUUCCAUUCCCAUUAUGAAGGCUUUUGAAUAUUUCGUUGUCUUGGCCUCCUUGGCUGCCACAAUUUCUUGUCGCUCGAUGACAAGCAACUCAGAUGAUCGAGCUGAGUUUGUUUGUGAGGACUUCAAAAAUCGACCUCCAUUUUCUGAUGUUCGUCUUGCCUUAAUAAAUUGCUUGUAUGUAAGAAGUUCCAAGUAUCGCGAGAACACGAAUAUUUGCACCAUGUAUAGAAUGAAACAGAUUGAUCGUCGUUGGUACGGCAGCUUUCUUCAUGAUCCCUUGGAAAUUGAUUGGGACAAAGUUCGUGAUUACUACAAUCCCCUAGGGCUUGGAUCAAUCUACGCAGCUUGCAAGAAUACCCAACCAAGGAUAUGUAAGCACGGUAGCUUCUGGUCGGGAACAACAUAUGGAGUGUGUUCCACUGAUAAGGACUAUGAACAAUUGGAUGCAGCAAUUGGUUCUUUCUACUCUUGCAUUGAAUCACUUACACAAAGACAUUGCGCCCGUGUUCUUGCUACAACUACCACCACUACUACCACAACAACCACAACAACCACUUCCACGACAACCACAACAACCACUACCACGACAACCACCACAACCACAACAACAACAACUACUACACCCACUACCACCACAACGUCAACUACAGAGAGCACAACCUCUUUCAUAGAAGAGCCAAUUGUGGACCCAGUUGAACCUAUUGAAGAGCCUGAAGAGCCAAUUGUGGACCCAAUUGAACCCAUUGAAGAACCUGAGGAACCAAUUGUGGGUCCGGUUGAACCUAUUGAAGAGCCUGAAGAGCCAAUUGUGGGCCCAAUUGAACCCAUUGAAGAACCUGAGGAACCAAUUGUGGGUCCGGUUGAACCUAUUGAAGAGCCCAAAGAACCAAUUGUGGGCCCGGUUGAACCUAUUGAAGAACCUGAGGAACCAAUUGUGGGCCCGGUUGAACCUAUUGAAGAACCUGAGGAACCAAUUGUGGGUCCAGUUGAACCCAUUGAAGAGCCCAAAGAACCAAUUGUGGGCCCAUUUGAACCCAUUGGAGAACCUGAAGAGCCAACUGCGCGCCCGGUUGAGCCUAUUGAAGAACCUGAGGAACCAAUUGUGGGCCCAGUUGAACCUAGUGAGGAAAAGUCCGCCAUGACACCCACCAUUGUGUUUAUGUGCAAAGAGACUUCUUUUGGACAAGACGUUUUCCUGACUGGUGGUAAAAUUGAUUGCCAGGAAAACUGUGGCAUUGACGUUAUGUUAGCCGAUUCUGAUCCUAAUCUCUGGCAAAAAUACAACACGUGGAAAAUAGGAGCUCAUCAGCUUUCUUCUGGUGCAAACCCAGAACAAACCAUGAUUGUCGAUAAUGCUCCAGCACGUGGCCUUCCUAUGAUGUGGACCACCAACAAUGGAUGGAGUCCUCACUAUCGAGUAGAAAAUAACAACUAUGGUGACCAUUGCUGGAUGUUGGAAAUGAGCAUGGAUUGCUCGCAAACUGAUAAUGGUUGGUUUAAGGUCAAAGCUGUUGUGGCCGAAGGUCAACACUUUUGGUCUGAGUCCGGGGCUCAUCCACAUGAGAUUUGCAACUCUCCGCUUGGACCAUUAAAUUCUAACGACUUGCCACCUUUGAGCGAAGGUCAUUAUGUCAGGUGUGGAAUAAAAAAUGUUAUCAGCUGGGAGUCAAAUUGGUGCAAGGCUGAUGCUAUUCCGGGAUUUGAAGGUGAACUUGAAAAAGCUGUGGAUCCCGCACCAAUGGAGACCACAGCCAUAACAGAAGUUGUAACCACAACCACGGAAGAAACCACCACCACCAUUGAAGAAGAAACUACAACUACUAGGGAAGAAACUACAACUACUAUGGAGGAAACUACCAGUACUAUGGAAGAAACUACAACUACUGUGGAAGAAACUACCACCACUGAGGAGGAGACCACCACCACUGAGGAGGAGACCACCACCACUGAGGAGGAGACUACCACAACCAUGGAAGAAACUACCACCACUGAGGAGGAGACUACCACUACCAUGGAAGAAACUACCACCACUGAAGAAGAGACCACCACUGUGGCUGCUACUCCCAUUUUUGAUCCUGAUAUGCCAGCUGGACUAAAAAGUUGCAUUGAGACUCCCUUUGGUGAUGAAGAUGUUAAAUUCAUCUAUGGCAUUGGUAAUGCUUACGGAAAUCGUUUGGCAAAGGCAGGAUUUGAAAAGGCUGCUGAAGUACUUGACAAGUUCAUGGAACUAAAUCAAAAUGUGGAUGAAUUUAAGGGCUGGUUGAAGACCACUGCCAGAGUCAAUGCCAAUUUCCAAAGUAAAAUUGCUGAUUGCAUUUCCAAGAAAUGCGAAUUCCUUCCUGCCCAAUGUAGCCCAGAACCUGAGCCCACGACACCUGAAAUCGAACAAGGCUUCCAAUGUCCAACUUUGAAUGACACCUCAGGAAUUGUUCAAAAUGUCAGCCAAGCCUAUUGUGGUUGCCGACAAAAGGACAGUGCAUCAAUGAUGUUCAACGGUGCUAAAGUCGUUGGCUAUGGCCCUUGCACUCGAAGACCCCCACCACUGAAGGAAGACAGCAACCUGUGUGCUCUGAAUGCCUUGGGUUGGAUCAAGCAACUUCCGGCGAAGAUGAACAACAUCUACAUCCAAUUUGAUGAACUGGAAGCGGCCUUUACCGCCCAAGGGCUUGCUCCAGUGUUGGAAAAAUGUCGUCAAGUGUUUGACAAAGAAGCGUAUGCCCAAUUUAUGAGAAGACAAGAUCCUGAGAUCACGGGUACAUACGACAACCUCUCUUCUUCAAUUGAUGACUUCCUUGACUGUGUUGGAAUGGAUUGUCCAGAUUUCCCUGCUGGAUCUUUGACGAGCCAAUCUUGUGAGGGCCUUUGCUAACUUCAGUCUAUUUGUGUUUACGCCUGAAAAUAAACUACUGCAUUUCCCAAGAAA